AGACAAUCGCACCAUUUCUUCAUCUCCGUUGUUUCAACGCUAUCAUCUAUCUUCUUUAGUCCUCUCUGAUUCUACGCGCACCAAGAUAUUUUGGUCUCUGCUGUUUCUCGCUACCGGGAGAAGAAGAUGUCGUGGCAAACCUACAUAGACGAUCACUUGAUGGCCGACAUCGACGGCUGUCAUCUCACUGCCGCCGCCAUCCUUGGUCAUGAUGGCAGCGUUUGGGCGCAGAGCUCUAAUUUCCCUCAGUUCAAGCCUGAGGAGGUAACUGCUAUCAUGAAUGACUUUGAUAAUCCGGGCUCGUUAGCUCCUACUGGAUUGCACAUUGGAGGAACUAAAUACAUGGUGAUUCAAGGUGAGCCUGGGGCUGUCAUCCGAGGGAAGAAGGGAUCUGGUGGGGCUACGGUGAAGAAAACUACAUUGGCCUUGGUUAUCGGCAUCUAUAACGAGCCGAUGACUGCAGGGCAGUGCAACAUGAUUGUCGAGAAGAUUGGUGAUUAUCUUAUCGACCAGGGCCUUUGAAGUGCUCGAUGUUAUCUAUUAUACUCUACAAUAUUUGAAGUUGUGGGAUUCUCUUUUAUUCAUGCCAAGAAGAGUUUGGUGUUUCCGAAAGGCUGUCGUCGUGGUGCUGCCUAAAGUCGAAAAAUGGCUGUCUUUUGCAUUUUCUGGUUUUGAGAAACUGUCGGUUGGUGUGCAUUUCCUGUUGUGAUUUGGAUUCUUUUUUAUAUGGCUUUUGCUGCUUUUCCUGUGCUCGACAUUUCGAUACGAUGCGAUAAUGAAUGAAUGAAUGUAGAUUUAGGCAUCA